AUGUGGUCGUUGGUGCAUCCAAAUGGAACAGUUGUGUAUAUAACUUUACAAAAAAAAGAAAUUCAAAUUGGUCGUAAUCCAUCUUCUGAUUUGUGUUUAACAUCUGAUCAAACAAUAAGUCGACACCAUGCUAAAAUAACUGUUUACCAAAACACCAAAAAUAGCCGGAAUUACUCUGAAAAUAGCAGUACGGAUAAUUCGAUUUGUGAAAUAACAGAUCAAGGAUCGAGAUAUUCAACGUAUGUUAUCAGAGAUACGGAGAUAAAAUUAAUACCGUCGCAACCUUUUCAAUUAAAUCCAGGUGAUAAAAUAAAAUUUAGUAGCAAUAAGAAUAUCUGGACAUUAAAUUAUACUAAAAUAGGUAUUGUAAGUUGUGGUCAUGACCAUGAUAAUAAAAAAAACUUAGUUAAAGCUAUUGAAGAUAUCGGUGGUACAGUCUUCAAUGAAUGUAAUAGCAAAUGUACACAUUAUUUAUCUAUGUGCAAUAGAAUAACACCUAAAUUUAUAUUAGCAGUUAUUGAUGGGCUGCCGAUUACUGACAAAAAAUAUUGGGACUACUUUCUACAUUCUGUUAAACAAAAUAUUGAAUUGCCUGAAGUUGAAGAUUACAUAAUAACAAAUGCUUGCCUUCCAGAAGAAUUUAAAGAUGCACCAUUGUACCCAACAGACGAUAGGAGAAGAAUAUUCGAUGGUUAUAAUUUUAUAUUUUUUUCAACUAAACAAUGUAAUAAUUAUGGACUUAUUAUUAAAGCUGCUGGCGGUAAAUCAUUCUUGUAUCAUAAGUUUACAUUUGAUACAGAAGAUCUGUUGGAACCAAACAUGAUUAUAAUUGAAUAUUAUCCGAAUAAAGAGGAUCAAAAUUUAAAAUUAAUUAGUGAUAAAGAGUAUUACGCUCUGCAGAUAACUCUCAGGGAAAAAAAUAGAAGGAUGGUUCGUUGUGUAGAAAUAUUGGGUGCUAUUUUAUUCUGCUCUACCAAAAAAUACUGCAAUUCUAUAAUAAAAGUUCAUAAUCGAUUUUGGAAUGAUUCACCACAAAAGAAACGAAAAACAGUACAAAAAAUGGUAAAAAUAAAUCAAGAUCAGAGAAAAGGUGCGCUUGAUCAUAUUCGUCAGAAAAAAAAUCAACCUGUUUCUGAAAAAGUAAUUGAUGCUCAAGUAAAUGUUCCUCAAAAAAAGCUAGAAUUUCGUCUAGAGUUAGCUCGAUGUGAUGAUACCCCAGUUAGUGAAAAUAGAUGGGUUGAUGUUAAAGCUUCCCAAAAAGUUAGGCAAAAAUCUCAGGCGAUGUCGACAAUUGAUAUCAAAAGAUCAGGCAAAUCAGGCUUAAGAUCUACUAGACUAUUAAACGUAAACAAAAUUAAGAAACUUAAUGGUCAAACUAAUCAGCAAAACGAAUGUGGAAAGUCGUCAAGUGAAAAUGUUUUAAAAAAUCCAAAGGAGGCUGAUAUAAAAUUAUCGAAAAGUAAAGAAGAUAUUGGGACACAGAAUAAAACACAUCGACAUAAAAAUAAAGAGUCAAAUCUUGCGAGUUAUAGCAAAACUGGAAGUGGAAAGCCAUCAACAAGAGCUACUUCGGAACAUUCUGAAAAAUUAUCAACAGCUGAGCUAUCAAAAUUGAAGAAAAAAAAUUUAAAUCAGGAGGACAACUCGGUUGUUCAAAACCACAGUGAUGAUGAAAAUGAAAAAUCAUCUGCUAAUGAUAUUUCGACCGUUCAAAAAGAUUCUAGGAAUGAAAUAUCAAAAGAUAUCGAAGAUGAAAAAUUAGAAAAGAAACUUCCAAGUACACAGUCGCGUGCAGAAGUUCGUCGUAAAAAGAGAUUUGAAGAUAUUUUGGGUGUUUUAGAUGUAUCCAAGAAAAUAUCAUCGAAAGACCAAAAUGGUGACAAAAAUAAUCAAGAUAUUUUAGAUAAUACGCAAUCUAAAAAAGAUUGCAGCCAAAGUAGUAAAGGUAUAAAAAUUAUAAGUAAUGUGCCAGUCGAGAUACCAAAUAAAAAUUUUUCACAAGCUGUAGUUGCCUCUGAUCUAAAGGAGAGUAAUAAAAAAGUUGAAACAUUUAAUGAAAAAAAUCUUGAUCAGUCUAAAGAAUCUUCAGAAAGUAAAGGAAAGUUGAAUAGGAAACGCAAGCUAGAUGAAAAAGAAACUAGUCAAGUUCCUGAUAAAUUUAUUAAAAUACUUAAACCUGUUGAAGAAAAACCUAUUGAAAUCAUUUCGUUGUCAGAUGAUUCUUUUCAUAACAAUAGUCAGCUUUUGGAUCAUGAUUAUUUUGAAACAAACAAAAAAUAUGAAGAUUCUACAGAAUUUAGUGAAAUUCCCUCGGCACAUUCUCCAAAGUGUUCGUCUAACAACACUGAAAUCAACAAUCAAGUUAAUCCUGAGUUAGAGUUUCCGAAUGAUGUCAUUCCUCCAAUUCUAGAAGAAUUUGAUGAUAAUCAAGUGUCGGAAGCGAUUGAGAGAACAAUUAUUAGUGAUCAAGAAUAUGAAAACCUUGAGGAUGAUGAUGUUAAUUUAAUUAACCCUCUGAUAAUUAGUACUCAAAAUGAAAAUGUAGAAAAUGAUCAACAAUCUAGUCGAAUGGAUUUUCUAGAGUUUCAAGAGCAACAAGAUGAUUGCGAUAUCUCGAAUGCUGAUGUUCAUACGAAUUCUAACUUAUAUGCUGCUGAUGUUUAUAGGAAUUCUGACUCAUCUUCUGCUGAUGAAGAUUUAGAGCCUGUUUUUCUGACAACUCAGGAUAUUCGCAGUCUAGUUAGAGAAAAUUCUAUCAAACCUAAUUAUAAAGUCGAUAAUUGCAAAACAUCAUUCUCAAAUAAAUUACCUGGUUUUUUUUUUCAAUAAUAAAAAAUAA